GCUCGGUUGUUUUAUGGUACAAGCAAAAUAGGCAGUAAUUAUAGGUGUUUACCAUACUUUUUUCCCUCAAUCUCCACUUGGAAAAUAAAUAUAUAUAGGCCGAGUUGGGUACUCGAUUUUCCUCAUUUUCAAGCCAAAUAUUACCCUCUUGUAUUUAGGUGCCCCAGCCUGUGUCUUGUGCCUGUGUUCGCCCUGCUCAGAUCUUCAAGAGCUUGUGGCGGCGAUCUACUGAUAAGUUGAAGACAGAGAAUGGUUAUUGGUGGCAACAUGUCAGGCAAAGGUGCAAAAGGUCUGCUUAUGGGCAAGUCUUCCGCUGCUGCAACCAACAACAAUACUAAUAAGGACAAGGAUAAGAAGAAACCAGUUUCCCGCUCCUCUCGCGCCGGCCUACAGUUUCCAGUGGGCCGAAUCCACCGUCUUUUGAAAUCUCGAAUAUCUGCAAAUGGUAGAGUGGGAGCAACUGCUGCUGUGUAUUCUGCAGCUAUUUUGGAAUAUUUGACAGCAGAGGUUUUGGAAUUAGCAGGGAAUGCAAGUAAAGAUCUCAAGGUGAAACGUAUCACUCCAAGACAUUUACAGCUUGCUAUUCGUGGAGAUGAAGAGCUUGAUACUUUGAUUAAAGGUACAAUAGCCGGUGGAGGUGUUAUCCCACACAUUCACAAGUCGUUGAUCAAUAAAUCUUCAAAAGACUAGGCUGUAUUGGAAUUUUUGACCAUACACGCUUUCAUGUAAAGAAACUGACAAACAUUGGAUUUGAGAUUUAGAUGUUCACCUCAUGCAAUUAGGCAGAAGGAUAAUGCCUUUGGCAUUAAUGGAACUUGUCUAUUCAGAAUUAGGGGUGUUUCAUUCUGGUUUGUGACUAACUAUUGAAAUAGGUACUUCACAGCUGAGGUAGGAUUUGCUUAGAUUGGAUUGGAUUAUUUCGUAUUUGUGCUCCAGUAGAAAUUUUCCUGAAGUAAAGCACUACUUUAGAAACAUAGAUAUUAUCAUGUGACUUUCAAUUUUAUAGAUUGUUAACAAGUGCUUAUUAAUGUUCUCCA